AUGCCUCAAGACGUGCGCAGCGUGCAGAUGCCUCAAGGCGUCGCCGCCAAGCCCGUUGGGCUCCUGGACUCGUUCCUGGCAAUCGGACAGAAGGAGGGCGUGCUGGGCUACUGGAAGGGCAACUUGCCACAGGUCAUCCGCAUCAUUCCCUACAGUGCAGUUCAGCUCUUCGCGUACGAAAUGUACAAGAAGGCAUUCCUGGGCAAGGACGGGGAGCUCUCUGUGCCUGCCAGGCUGGCAGCUGGCGCAUGUGCUGGCAUGACGUCAACACUGAUCACCUACCCCCUGGAUGUGCUUCGUUUGCGUCUGGCAGUGGAUCCGGCGUCAAGGGGAAUGCGCUCGGUGGCCAUGAACAUGAUCCGCGAGGAGGGCGCGCUGUCGUUCUACAAGGGCCUCGCGCCCUCCCUCAUCUCCAUCGCGCCCUACAUUGCCCUCAACUUCUGCGCAUUUGAUCUGAUCAAGAGGUCAAUCCCCGAGAAAUACCGCAAGACCCCGCAGGCGUCGUUUGUGACUGCUCUCUGUGCCACCACCUUUGCAACGGUGAUGUGCUACCCGCUGGACACGGUGCGGCGGCAGAUGCAGAUGAAGGGGUCGCCCUUCUCAUCCGUGUUUGACGCCAUUCCCGGCAUCAUUGCACGGGAUGGCGUGGCCGGGCUGUACCGGGGCUUCAUUGCCAAUGCCCUCAAGAACCUUCCUAACAGCAGCAUUCGCUUGACAACGUAUGACACCGUGAAGCAACUGAUUGCAUCAAGCCGUGACGAAUACACUAAGCUUGUGAAGGAAAGGGAGGCCCAGAUCGGUGCGCACUGA